AAACUUAAGAUAUCAUAAUCAAUAAUACAUUUCUGUUGAUGUUUCUUUUUUAACAUUUAACCUUAAUAAAAUAGAUUAUUAAAAGUUUUCAGCUCGGCUUAUUAGAAACUAUUAGAGCAAUUGUAAAAUAAAUUAAAUCAGUGUACUUUAUUAUCUGCUCCAUUUUACAUGAAACCCAAACAUUUUGAGAUGUGAUGAUUCAGUGAUUGUUUUAAAUGGUAAUAGGAUUAUAUGAUUAAGUAGCAUAAGAUAUAAAGUCACCACACACAACUUGAGUUAGCAAAUGUUUUAUUGACAGCAAAAAAACACACAUCACUUGACUACCGCUAUUGCAGUGAAUCUAGAAAUUGUACACAACAAAUAAACACACAAACAAACAAACAAACAAACAAAAACAUAUAACAUGACAUUCUCUGACACCAUUCAUUUCAUUAUUAGAUUCACUAUAUACCGACAUAUUUAUAAAUGCAAAAUUACAGAAAACAUUUACAAUAGAAUGUCGGUCAUGCUUGUGAAUUAUAUUUAGCAUGCGAAAUUCUAGGUUUGACUAAAGCCGAAUCAUAAGCUUUACUGGUCAAAAGGAGAGAUUCACGCUUGGUGAACUCCUUGUCCUUGUUAAGAGAUAAACGUUUAAGUGUAGAACAAGAUGUGUGUGACUACCGCUUAAGACUAACUCGUAAUAUAGAAACAUUAACAUUGAACAUAACUCACGUGUUGAAGUGUAAAAUAUUCCGUAUGACUAUUCAUAUAGCUAGUCAACAUAAAGCUUCAAAAGGAUUCGUCACAUUGAGGUGAUGAUUUUGGGAGAGACACAGCAGUAAUUUACAGACGCAAAUGAAGUUGUAAAAUGACAAGCACCAACAGCAUAUGUGUCAUGUAGAUUUAAAAAAUAGAGAACCUUUUUGUGCUUUAGGUGAGCAUUUUUAUUCAGUGUAUGCUUACAAAUGACAAAUACAAAUAUUGGUUGUUACACAUAGCAAAUGACAAAAUCUUACAUUUGUAGAAAAUAUGAAAAGUUAUAUAAUUCUAUAAUCAUUUUGUAAUUAGAAUUGAAUACAUUUUUCUCCCAAAUCAAAACUAAUCCAGAAACAGUUUUAAACGGCUACAAGCACGUAAAAUACCCUAUAUUGUUUGUUUACUCAUUCAUUUUAAUUAAUUUGUUUACUGAUUUUUGCUUUUUUACCAUUAGAAAAUUUCAGGCACGGUACUUUUCACCCCUCGGAUUUUCUAGGUAAUGUUAAUCAGAUUUACUCAUGCUAAACACAGUGGCAGACUGUAUGGAAAACAAAACGAAAAUGACAAUUAAAGGACUUACUAUUUCUGCAUGGAUAAAAUCCGGAGUGAAGCAUUUACAGCACCGGUCGUAGAACCUCAUAAAAACCUAACAGCUUUUUGAUGCUCUACGUCAACAACAAACAGUAGGGGCGUUUAUUGCAUUUUAUAGUUUGUUAAACCAUUUACAACCACAUUUGCCAUUACACCUGACGUGCAGGUCCAUUCCAACAUCCUCAUAUCUCUGUAAAUAUAUUUAUAUAAACACAAUUAUCAGAAUAUUAAAUAUGACCACCUCGCUUAUUUUCGAUGCGCGCGCCUUGGUCGCUGCAGAGGAUGAUUUUGUAAGUUUAAGCGUUCUUAUAAGGGUUAUAGGAUGCAUUUAAACUGAUGCCAGUUAAAUCGUGUACCUUUUAAAAUUGGCCGUCUCGACCCUGACAUUUAAAAAAAGGAGACUCGACCUCGUUAGAGAUUUGGAAAUUAACGGCUAAAUAUGCAUCACUUUAGGUUGUCUGUGAUGAACAUGCAAAAAAUCAAUCUUUCAAACGGGUUUGGAGUGGAGAAGUUGAGUGGGGGGAGGGACAGAGGCUAUGCACUUGAUCUGAUGCAAAGCGGCAGAUUUCUCAUUAACUUACCCGCUUGAACAUAUUAAUGUGCAUAUUCUCCCCUCCUCUCUCUCCCUUGGCCCCCCUUCCCUCUCCUGCUCCCUCGCGCUCUCUCCCUCUCAGCUCUCUCUCCCUCGCUUUCUCUUUUUCUCUCUUUUUCAUUCUCUCACUCCCUUCAUAUCAGAAUCGCGCAGAGCGGUGUCCGUGUAGGGAUGCGAGAAGCCAAUGGAACGAGGAUUCGAUAGAAGAUGCAAAUGAUCGUGAAAACACACAGCAAAAUAUGAAACUUCUCAUUUGCAGCCGAGUAAAUCAUAGAAAAACUGGUUGGGAACUGGCACCCUUCACCGGAAUUGUGAUGCUGGAACUCUACAGUGGGAACAUGCCUAUGGAAGCUUUAGCUAAGUUGUUUUAACAAAGGUAUACAAACGCAAACCGUUCAGUUUUUGGAAAUCAAGGCUUGGCUGCUGCAUUGUUUGUUACCUCAGUAACUGUGAAACUGACAACUCUCUGAAGCUACUGCGCUGAUAUAAAGACAUUCAAACGCAAACUCUUGAACAAAAUCAGCACCAACAACAACAUCAAAAGAUGAGCUCAUAUUUCGUCAACUCUCUCUUCACUAAAUACAAAAGUGGAGACACUCUGCGGCCAAACUAUUACGAGUGCGGAUUUGCUCAGGACCUAGGGACGAGACCCACCGUCGUGUACGGUCCAGGCACCGGGGCCACUUUCCAGCAUGCCCCUCAGAUUCAGGAGUUUUACCACCACGGCGCAUCCACGCUCUCCGCAGCUCCUUACCAGCAGAGUCCCUGUGCAGUAACUUGUCACGGCGAGCCGGGUAACUUCUACGGUUAUGAUGCUCUCCAGAGGCAAACGCUUUUCAGUGCUCAAGACGCCGACUUGGUUCAGUAUAGCGACUGCAAGCUCGCCGCGGGGGGCAUCGGCGACGAGACGGACAACACAGAGCAGAGUCCGUCGCCCACACAGCUGUUCCCGUGGAUGCGACCUCAAGCUGCCGGACGGAGGCGAGGCCGCCAGACCUACAGCCGCUAUCAGACGCUGGAACUCGAGAAAGAGUUUCUCUUCAAUCCCUACCUAACACGCAAGCGACGGAUUGAGGUAUCACACGCUUUGGGACUGACAGAACGACAAGUCAAAAUCUGGUUUCAAAACCGUCGCAUGAAGUGGAAAAAAGAAAACAACAAGGACAAGUUUCCAAGCAGCAAGUCUGAACAAGAGCAGAUCGAAAAAGAGAAACGGGAGAAAGAACAGGCAUCCGGGACACAGCCAGCCGGCGAAGACUGCGACAAGGCAAAACAAAUGUAAAGCGGAUGCGAGUGUGUGUGUGUGUGUGUGUGUGUGUGAGAGAGAGAGAGUGUGUGUUUGUGUGUGUACGUGUGUCAGUCAAUCAAAACGGCAAAGAAUAAAUAGGGAAAAUAAAACAGGACAAUGACGAAGAGAAUAAUGGUGUUUGCAUGGGAAGUUUGUCUCACAGAGACAUUUUAAUCAAGUCGAGUGGUUACAUCUUUCACUCGAGGAAGGAACAGAAAAAAUGACUGGGACUAUACGAAUGACUAUACACUUAAUGUUUUGACCACAGAACUUCAGGAAGACGAAGGACAAGAGGCAUUUCUACUUUUUAACUGUUGUUCAGAGAGUAUGAUAGUGUUAAAGCUAGUCUCCUUUCUUUGUGAAAUAAUUAUCGUGAAACUUAAGUUUCUAUUGUUAGGAUAUUGUCAUUAACAAUUACCUUGGCAGCUGUAUAGUUUUUAAGUUAAAUGGUGCACUUUUAACUGUUCUCACUUAUAUGUUAUGAUGAUGAAGUAGAAAUUAAUGACUUCCAACAACAUGAAACUGCCUAUUUAUGCCGUAGAAUCUCUUUUUACACGUCUUUGGUUCUUCUUAAAUCGAUGGUAUUUUUUGUUGUCUUCCUUUCAUGGGGUAAGCAUGCGCACAGUGGAUUAUAAAAAUGAAUAAACAUAAUAAAAAAUAAUUUUGAAAAUUA